AUGAAUGACGAUUUGGAGCGGCAUAGUUUUAGGGUAUUCAACCAGGACUUCACAGUAGACAAGCGAUUUCAGCUGAUCAAGGAGAUCGGGCAUGGUGCUUACGGUAUAGUUUGUUCCGCUAGAUUCACUGAAGCAGCGGAUGAAACGACUGUGGCUAUUAAAAAGGUAACAAAUGUCUUCUCUAAAACUCUGCUUUGUAAGAGAUCUUUACGUGAGCUAAAACUUCUAAGGCAUUUUAGAGGACAUAAGAACAUAACAUGUCUGUAUGACAUGGACAUUGUAUUUGCACCUGACGGAACCUUCAACGGAUUGUAUCUGUACGAAGAAUUGAUGGAAUGCGAUAUGCAUCAGAUCAUAAAAUCCGGGCAACCGUUGACGGACGCCCAUUACCAAAGUUUUAUCUAUCAGAUACUCUGCGCACUAAAAUACAUUCACUCAGCAGACGUUUUGCAUCGUGACUUGAAACCUGGAAACCUGUUGGUUAAUGCUGAUUGUCAAUUGAAGGUCUGUGAUUUUGGAUUGGCAAGAGGUUACUCAGAAAAUCCGGUCGAAAAUAAUCAAUUUUUAACUGAGUAUGUGGCCACUAGAUGGUAUAGGGCACCAGAGAUUAUGCUUAGCUACCAGGGAUAUACGAAAGCCAUUGAUAUUUGGUCAUGUGGCUGUAUUCUAGCUGAACUCUUGGGAGGCAAACCCAUAUUCAAAGGUAAAGAUUAUGUUGACCAAUUGAAUCGUAUACUACAAGUCUUGGGAACACCGCCCGAGGAAACCUUAAAGAGAAUAGGCUCCCGCAAUGUGCAAGACUAUAUCCAUCAACUCGGUUUUAUUCCCAAAGUGCCUUUCGUCAAUCUCUAUCCUCACGCAAAUCCACAAGCAUUGGAUCUUCUCGAACGAAUGCUAACGUUCGAUCCGCAAAAACGUAUAACUGUUGAUGAGGCUCUAGAGCAUCCCUACUUAUCAAUUUGGCACGAUCCGAGCGAUGAACCAGUUUGCAGCGAAAAGUUCGAUUUUAGCUUUGAGUCGGUAAAUGAAAUGGGCGAGCUCAAGCAGAUGGUUCUUGAGGAAGUUCAAGACUUUCGGCAGUUUGUAAGACAGCCUCUUAUAGAAGACGAACAACCUCAGCCGCCGAAUACGCUGCGAGAUGAAGGAGAUCUAAUUGACGAUGUACAGCAGCCCCGCAACGCGUACGAUGAUAACGAAUUAAAACAGCAAAUGUUGAUCUCUCAAUCUUCGGGUUUAUCUGGAGAUAUGCCGGAUCAGUUUAUUGGUAUUCACUCUGACAACUUACCUGAGCACGACACAGAUUUUCCACCUAGACCACAGGAAAAUUUACUGGCUUCUCCCGCAGAGAUUGGGAAUUCCACGGGGUCUCCCCCUUUGGAUCCAGAUAGCGGACUUGUAGAAUUUCUUAAUCUCGAAAAGGAGUUAGAAUUUGGCUUGGACAGGAAGUAUUUGUAG